AUGGCCUUGUCAGGUACCGUCAUUCAUCAACCUGACCCACCUCCGUCGUUCAACCAUCACACAAUCGACGCCGACGGCCUUCCCACCGUCCAUGAGCUUCCUCAUUACAAGACUAACUAUGAGAUUGACAAUCGUUCCGACCCUCCCUCUCUCAGUAUGAGGGGACGGACUAGCUCGAGGGAUGCAAGCAUCAACAGUUCAAUAGGUCGAAGCUAUAUGGAGAAAGAAACGGCAGCUGUCCCACCUCCAGUCCCAUAUACCAGACAUUUGCGUUCUCCCUCAGACGCACCCUCGAGCAAGUUGAAAAAGGCUGAUCGCCGAAGAACUGUCGCGGCCCAAUAUGAUGACCUAAAUGGGGCGGAGAGGCCGAAGCGAUCAGGAUUGAGGCAGUCAAUCCGGCGAAUGUUCACGCGUAAAUCUGCCAAAGGUCGUAUCAGCAUGCCUACAGGCCCUCUCUAUAGACAGCAUAAUCCAGAGGAAUUCAUGACGUCUGCUACAGACCUUGAAAACCAGCAGAGCACCAAAACGGAGCGAUCUGCCUCCUUGCCCACCAAUGCCUUCUUGCGCUCAAGUGGCCUUAGUUCUCACCCUCCAUUCCAACCCCAGGCUAUUCAGCUCGAGGACGAGCCUCCUUUGCCCCACAAUCUAGAGCGCAACCUGUCCGAGAAGCCAAUUAGGCCACACAGAGCCAGUGUACCGAGUGAGACAUUCAACAAAGACGAGAUGCAGGCUGUAACAGAGGCCAUGUCUGGUAUUGGCUUGCCAAUCAAUCAGGCGCAGAAUACGGGAGCUCGAGACAUUGGAUACGCUGUGACGAACGAUAGCCAGCCAAAGCGAAGGUCGAGGUCAGCUGGUGCUUCUGGAGAGCGAGGCCAAUUGAUGGAGCCAAUCCAGUGGAGGCACCAUCGAACAAAAAGCGACGAGGGAAUAUACUCCAGAGACGGCGCGGAUUUUGCAUCCUUCGUCAAAAGAAACGACGAUCUAGAAAUGCUCGAUUCAGGGCGCUCUGAGAUUGUGGACGGAAGUAUAGAGGCUAAAGAGGGGGAGCAAUUCAAUUUCGAGUUGCAAGAGGACGGAAUUCAAGACCAGGAGCGCAUCGGAGUGGAGGAGCGACUCGUGACUCUGGAAAUAAAGUUGAUGGAUCUUGAGUACGCUCUAUCGAAACUACAAGUCGGCUCGGCACUUUCAUCGAGACGUCACUCACGCUCCGAGCCCGUAGGCCAAAGAUCCGUCGAAAGCUAUCGCUCAUCUAAUGUUCCGUCUAUACCCAAUACAUCUCCUACAUUGAACCACAACCUGUCCCGGUUCUCUGCUCACCAAUCCUCUUCAGAGAGCGCCAGUGUACGGAAAGACCGACCGACGAGCGUAGCCGGAACACUGAGACCUGGUCAUCAUCCUCUUCCAAAUUCUUUCAGCAAACCCCAAGCCGACUCAGACAACCGUAUGUCGUUUUCAGGGCUCACGGUCGAGCACUAUAGCACCUUAGUGACACUUCUUCGCAACGAACAGUCUGCGCGCAUACGUUUAGAAGAGCAAGUGACCGAACUGCAACAGAAGAUCGAGAAGUUACAACCUGCUUCAUUUUCAUAUCACCACAGCUCACAUGCAUCCCACACACAUACGCUCUCCAAUCAAAGCCACCGACUCGGAACCAUGAACGCAGACGGGCGACGAGGAGGUAAGUAUUAUGUUUCAAGGCCGAGGAGCAGCAGCUACAGCACCAAUGAAACAGACACCGAGGAUGAAAACUAUCAUGAUGCCUAUGUGACGCCUUCCAAUGUUACGCCUGUAGAGAGGGGCGAAUAUGAAGGCGCAAAUUAUAACGGCGAACCCUUUUAA